GUGGUGCUGAAGGGACAGCUCCGCGGCGGCAGCGGCGGCGGCGUUGGCGGCGGCGGCCCCGGGGCGCGGAGCGGGUGCCCGGAGCGGGGAGAGGCGAGCGCAGCCAUGCCCCAGGCCGCCUCCGGGGCAGCAGCAGCGGCGGCCGGGGCCGGGGCGCGGGCCGGGGGCGCUGGGGGGCCGGCGGCGGCUCGGGCGGGACGAUGAAGCGGCAGAACGUGCGCACGCUGGCGCUCAUCGUGUGCACCUUCACCUACCUGCUGGUGGGCGCCGCGGUCUUCGACGCGCUCGAGUCGGAGCCCGAGAUGAUCGAGCGGCAGCGGCUGGAGCUGCGGCAGCAGGAGCUGCGGGCGCGCUACAACCUCAGCCAGGGUGGCUACGAGGAGCUCGAGCGCGUCGUGCUGCGCCUCAAGCCGCACAAGGCCGGCGUGCAGUGGCGCUUCGCCGGCUCCUUCUACUUCGCCAUCACCGUCAUCACCACCAUCGGCUAUGGCCACGCGGCACCCAGCACGGAUGGCGGCAAGGUGUUCUGCAUGUUCUACGCGCUGCUGGGCAUCCCGCUCACGCUCGUCAUGUUCCAGAGCCUGGGCGAGCGCAUCAACACCUUCGUGAAGUACCUGCUGCACCGCGCCAAGAGGGGGCUGGGCAUGCGGCGCGCCGACGUGUCCAUGGCCAACAUGGUGCUCAUCGGCUUCUUCUCGUGCAUCAGCACGCUGUGCAUCGGCGCCGCCGCCUUCUCCUACUACGAGCACUGGACCUUCUUCCAGGCUUACUACUACUGCUUCAUCACGCUCACCACCAUCGGCUUCGGCGACUACGUGGCGCUGCAGAAGGACCAGGCGCUGCAGACGCAGCCGCAGUACGUGGCCUUCAGCUUCGUGUACAUCCUCACGGGCCUCACGGUCAUCGGCGCCUUCCUCAACCUCGUGGUGCUGCGCUUCAUGACCAUGAACGCCGAGGACGAGAAGCGCGACGCCGAGCACCGCGCGCUGCUCACGCGCAACGGGCAGGCGGGCGGGGGCGGCGGCGGCGGCGGCGGCGGGGGCGGCGGGGGCGCGGGCGGCAGCGCGCACACCACGGACACCGCCUCGUCCACGGUGGCGGCGGGCGGCGGCGGCUUCCGCAACGUCUACGCCGAGGUGCUGCACUUCCAGUCCAUGUGCUCGUGCCUCUGGUACAAGAGCCGCGAGAAGCUGCAGUACUCCAUCCCCAUGAUCAUCCCGCGGGACCUCUCCACGUCCGACACGUGCGUCGAGCAGAGCCACUCGUCGCCGGGAGGGGGCGGCCGCUACAGCGACACGCCCUCGCACCGCUGCCUGUGCAGCGGGGCGCAGCGCUCCGCCAUCAGCUCGGUGUCCACGGGCCUGCACAGCCUGUCCACCUUCCGCGGCCUCAUGAAGCGCAGGAGCUCCGUGUGAACGCCCUGCGGGGCCUGGAGCGCCUGGGGUUGUGGGGCUGGGGGAGGGAGGGGCUCCUGCCAGGAGGAGCAGCCAGGGUGGGUGAGGAGGCCCCAUGGGACCCUCCCCACACCCCUC